AACUUAUUAGCAUUAUUAAAUAGUGGAGUAGAUUUGUAUACUGUUGAAUCUGUAACUGAUCCCAGCCAUCCAAAGUUUGCAAAUCGAAUAUAUUUUAAAUCAUCACAAACUAAUUGCACUGUCAAAGCAUAUC